GCAGUGUGGAAUAAAAUUUCGCAAGUCUCUUGUGUUUACACAUUUCGUCGCUACAGUAAAUCUCGUGUAUUAGUUGUGAACUUUAUCGCUGUGAUUUUUUGUGCGAGUUUCAACAAAGUAAUGGGUAAAAUUUAGAAGAUAAACUUAAUCAACACAACGACGGAGAGACUUUAAUCUUGCAUACUUACCUUGAUAUAACUCGUUGAUAUAAACACGUUUCGCGCUACGGACGAAAGGGGAGUUGGCUGGCUUGUAAUAUAAUAUUAAAAAGUUAAACAAUUUGAAGCGAUAUAUUAGAAUAUGCCAAAAAAGAAGUCAAAGAGAAAGCCUGGAGGUCAGAACAAAAAGGCCGCACCUACCUUGGACGACUCGACAGGUACUUUCACGAUGGACAGUCAAGCUUCUGCUUCAGUUGACAUUACAGCCUCACAAAACAAGGAACUUGUUCAAGAGGAUUCAUUACAAGAAGAAAGAAUAAAUGCUCCGAUUUUUGCAGCUAAUGUGGAAUCACUUCCUGUUGUUGAAUUGGACGCAAACACAGAUACUACCACAACAUUAUCAGCAGGUAUAAAACGUGAAGGAAAGGAAAAUAAAAAGCCUAAAAAAGAUAAAAAAGACAAGAAGGAUAAAAAGAAGAAGAAGAAGAAAGGUUUCUUUGAGAAAGUUGGUGAUUUUUUGGAUGGUUCUUCAUCUUCAUCGUCAUCGUCGUCCUCGUCCUCAUCAUCCAGCGAAGAUGAAAGCGAUGAAAAGAAAAAAACAAAGAAAAAGAAAGUUGGCAAAGAUUUUGCUGCUUCAGGAAACGUAAAAGGCGCUAUUACUGUUGGUACACCCAUCAACCUUCAGAUUGAAGCACCCACAGUCGAUGUGUCCAGUGAUGUAUCAGCUAAAACUGCUGCACCAUUAUUGCCAAAGGCAGCAAUUGUGGAAGAUGAAGCAUCAGAACAAAGAAUGGGUGAUGUCGAAAUCCCUGAAAUCCCUGAUCUAGAUACAAAUUUUGAUAUUAAGGGAAAUGCAUUAUCUGGUCAAAAAGAAGACGACAUGGAGGAAUUAAUCUCGGGUGUUAUGGACUUACCUGAACAAGAAUCAUCACCUGAUUGUCCUAGUUUAACACUUCCUGAAGUUGAAGGAGAGAUAAUUGCACCUACGAUUGAAGCAGAGGUUGAAUGCACCCCUGACAUGGAUGAAUUUAUUUCACCACAAACUGAAUCUGAAGUAGAAGCUUUGCCAUUUGAUAUUUCAGCUGAUAUCGACGCAAAUACAGGCUUCAAUGUGCCCUCGUUUAGUGGUGUGAUGGGAGGUGAUGUAAAAGUACCAGGAUUUGACACACCCUCAUUUGGUGGAGGAUUUGGUGGUGGAAUCAAAGGACCAGACGUUGAUGUGCCGUCACUUGGUGGUGGAAUUAGUGGUGAUGUAAAAGGACCGGGCUUCGACACUCCCUCGUUCGGUGGAGAAAUUGGAGGUGGAAUCAAAGGACCAGACGUUGAUGUGCCGUCAAUUGGUGGUGGAAUUGGCGCUGAUGUAAAAGAAUCAGGCUUCGACACACCCUCGUUCGGCGGAGGAAUUGGAGGUGCAAUCAAAGGACCAGACGUUGAUGUGCCGUCACUUGGUGGUGGAAUUGGCGGUGAUGUAAAAGGACCGGGCUUCGACACACCCACGUUCGGUGGAGGAAUUGGAGGUGGAAUCAAAGGUCCAGACGGUGAUGUGCCGUCACUUGGUGGUGGAAUUGGCGGUGAUGUAAAAGGACCCGGCUUCAACACACCCUCGUUUGGUGGAGGAAUUGGAGGUGGAAUCAAAGGUCCAGACGUUGAUGUGCCGUCACUUGGUGGUGGAAUUGGCGGUGAUGUAAAAGGGCCAAGCUUCAACACACCCUCUUUCGGUGGAGGAAUUGGAGGUGGAAUCAAAGGACCACACAGUGAUGUGCCGUCACUUGGUGGUGGAAUUGGCGGUGAUGUAAAAGUACCGGACUUUGACACACCCUCGUUCGGUGGAGGAAUUGGAGGUGGAAUUAAAGGACCAGACGUUGAUAUGCCGUCACUUGGUGGUGGAAUUGGUGGUGAUGUAAAAGGACCGGGCUUCGACACUCCCUCGUUCGGUGGAGGAGUUGGAGGUGGAAUCAAAGGACCAGACGUUGAUGUGCCGUCUCUUGGUGGUGAAAUUGGUGGUGAUGUAAAAGGACCGGCCUUCAACACACCCUCGUUCGGUGGAGGAGUUGGAGGUGGAAUCAAAGGACCAGACGUUGAUGUGCCGUCACUUGGUGGUGGAAUUGGCGGUGAUGUAAAAGGACCCGGCUUCGACACACCCUCGUUCGGUGGAGGAAUUGGAGGUGGAAUUAAAGGUCCUGACGUUGAUGUGCCGUCACUUGGUGGUGGAAUUGGCGGUGAUGUGAAAGGACCCGGCUUUGACACACCCUCGUUCGGUGGAGGAGUUGGAGGUGCAACGAAAGGUCCAGAUGUUGAUGUGCCAUCACUUGGUGGUGGAAUUGGUGGUGAUGUAAAAGGACCCGGCUUCGACACACCUUCGUUCUGUGCAGGAAUUGGAGGUGGAAUCAAAGCUCCAGACGUUGAUGUGCCGUCACUUGGUGGUGGAAUUGGCGGUGAUGUAAAAGGACCGGGCUUUGACACACCCUCGUUCGGUGGAGGAAUUAAAGGUGGAAUCAAAGGACCAGACGUUGAUGUGCCGUCUCUUAGUGGUGGAAUUGGCGGUGAUGUAAAAGGGCCAAGCUUCAACACACCCUCGUUUGGUGGAGGAAUUGGAGGUGCAAUCAAAGGACCAGACAUUGAUGUGCCGUCACUUGGUGGUGGAAUUGGCGGUGAUGUAAAAGGACCGGGCUUCGACACACCCUCGUUCGGUGGAGGAAUUGGAGGUGGAAUCAAAGGUCCAGACGGUGAUGUGCCGUCACUUGGUGGUGGAAUUGGCGGUGAUGUAAAAGGACCUGGCUUCGACACACCCUCGUUUGGUGGAGGAAUUGGAGGUGGAAUCAAAGGUCCAGACAUUGAUGUGCCGUCACUUGGUGGUGGAAUUGGCGGUGAUGUAAAAGGACCCGGCUUCAACACACCCUCGUUCGGUGGAGGAAUUGGAGGUGGAAUCAAAGGACCACACAGUGAUGUGCCGUCACUUGGUGGUGGAAUUGGCGGUGAUGUAAAAGUACCGGACUUUGACACACCCUCGUUCGGUGGAGGAAUUGGAGGUGGAAUUAAAGGACCAGACGUUGAUGUGCCGUCACUUGGUGGUGGAAUUGGUGGUGAUGUAAAAGGACCGGGCUUCGACACUCCCUCGUUCGGUGGAGGAGUUGGAGGUGGAAUCAAAGGACCAGACGUUGAUGUGCCGUCUCUUGGUGGUGGAAUUGGUGGGGAUGUAAAAGGACCGGCCUUCAACACACCCUCGUUCGGUGGAGGAGUUGGAGGUGGAAUCGAAGGACCAGACGUUGAUGUGCCGUCACUUGGUGGUGGAAUUGGCGGUGAUGUAAAAGGACCCGGCUUCGACACACCCUCGUUCGGUGGAGGCAUUGGAGGUGGAAUUAAAGGUCCUGACGUUGAUGUGCCGUCACUUGGUGGUGAAAUUGGCAGUGAUGUAAAAGGACCCGGCUUUGACACACCCUCGUUCAGUGGAGGAGUUGGAGGUGCAAUGAAAGGUCCAGAUGUUGAUGUGCCAUCACUUGGUGGUGGAAUUGGUGGUGAUGUAAAAGGACCCGGCUUCGACACACCUUCGUUCGGUGCAGGAAUUGGAGGUGGAAUCAAAGCUCCAGACGUUGAUGUGUCGUCACUUGGUGGUGGAAUUGGCGGUGAUGUAAAAGGACCGGGCUUCAACACUCCCUCGUUCGGUGGAAGAAUUGGAGGUGGAAUCAAAGGACCAGACGUUGAUGUGCCGUCACUUGGUGGUGGAAUUGGCGGGGUAGUGAAAGGACCGGGCUUUGACACACCCUCGUUCGGUGGAGGAAUUGGAGGUGGAAUCAAAGGACCAGACGUUGAUGUGUCGUCACUUGGUGGUGGAAUUGGCGGUGAUGUUAAAGGGCCAAGCUUCAACACACCCUCGUUCGGUGGAGGAAUUGGAGGUGGAAUCAAAGGACCAGACGUUGAUGUGCCGUCACUUGGUGGUGGAAUUGGCGGUGAUGUGAAAGGACCCAGCUUCGACACACCCUCGUUUGGUGGAGGAAUUGGAGGUGGAAUCAAAGGUCCAGACGUUGAUGUGCCGUCACUUGGUGGUGGAAUUGGCGGUGAUGUAAAAGGACCGGGCUUUGACACACCCUCGUUCGGUGGAGGAAUUAAAGGUGGAAUCAAAGGACCAGACGUUGAUGUGCCGUCUCUUAGUGGUGGAAUUGGCGGUGAUGUAAAAGGGCCAAGCUUCAACACACCCUCGUUUGGUGGAGCAAUUGGAGGUGGAUUCAAAGGACCAGACGUUGAUGUGCCGUCAAUUGGUGGUGGAAUUGGCGCUGAUGUAAAAGAAUCAGGCUUCGACACACCCUCGUUCGGUGGAGGAAUUGGAGGUGCAAUCAAAGGACCAGACGUUGAUGUGCCGUCACUUGGUGGUGGAAUUGGCGGUGAUGUAAAAGGACCAGGCUUCGACACACCCUCGUUCGGUGGAGGAAUUGGAGGUGGAAUCAAAGGUCCAGACGGUGAUGUGCCGUCACUUGGUGGUGGAAUUGGCGGUGAUGUAAAAGGACCCGGCUUCAACACACCCUCGUUUGGUGGAGGAAUUGGAGGUGGAAUCAAAAGUCCAGACGUUGAUGUGCCAUCACUUGGUGGUGGAAUUGGUGGUGAUGUAAAAGGACCCAGCUUCGACACACCCUCGUUCGGUGGAGGAGUUGGAUGUGGAAUCAAGGGACCAGACGUUGAUGUGCCGUCUCUUGGUGGUGGAAUUGGUGGUGAUGUAAAAGGACCGGCCUUCAACACACCCUCGUUCGGUGGAGGAGUUGGAGGUGGAAUCAAAGGACCAGACGUUGAUGUGCCGUCACUUGGUGGUGGAAUUGGCGGUGAUGUAAAAGGACCUGGCUUCGACACACCCUCGUUCGGUGGAGGAAUUGGAGGUGGAAUUAAAGGUCCUGACGUUGAUGUGCCGUCACUUGGUGGUGGAAUUGGCAGUGAUGUAAAAGGACCCGGCUUUGACACACCCUCGUUCGGUGGAGGAGUUGGAGGUGCAAUGAAAGGUCCAGAUGUUGAUGUGCCAUCAGUUGGUGGUGGAAUUGGUGGUGAUGUAAAAGGACCCGGCUUCAACAUACCCUCGUUUGGUGGAGGAAUUGGAGGUGGAAUCAAAAGUCCAGACGUUGAUGUGCCGUCACUUGGUGGUGGAAUUGGCGGUGAUGUAAAAGGACCCAGCUUCGACACACCUUCGUUCGGUGCAGGAAUUGGAGGUGGAAUCAAAGCUCCAGACGUUGAUGUGCCGUCACUUGGUGGUGGAAUUGGCGGUGAUGUAAAAGGACUGGGCUUCAACACUCCCUCGUUCGGUGGAAGAAUUGGAGGUGGAAUCAAAGGACCAGACGUUGAUGUGCCGUCACUUGGUGGUGGAAUUGGCGGGGAUGUAAAAGGACCCGGCUUCGACACACCCUCGUUCGGUGCAGGAAUUGGAGAUGGAAUCAAAGGUCCUGACGUUGAUGUGCCGUCACUUGGUGGUGGAAUUGGCGGUGAUGUAAAAGGAUCCGGCUUCGACACACCCUCGUUCGGUGCAGGAAUUGGAGGUGGAAUCAAAGGUCCAGACGUUGAUGUGCCGUCACUUGGUGGUGGAAUUGGCGGUGAUGUGAAAGGACCCGGCUUUGACACACCCUCGUUCAGUGGAGGAGUUGGUGGUGCAAUAAAAGGUCCACAUGUUGAUGUGCCAUCACUUGGUGGUGGAAUUGGCGGUGAUGUAAAAGGACCGGGCUUCGACACACCCUCGUUCGGUGCAGGAAUUGGAGGUGGAAUCAAAGGUCCAGACGUUGAUGUGCCGUCACUUGGUGGUGGAAUUGGCGGUGAUGUAAAAGGACCCGGCUUUGACACACCAUCGUUCGGUGGAGGAGUUGGAGGUGCUAUGAAAGGUCCAGAUGUUGAUGUGCCAUCACUUGGUAGUGGAAUUGGCGGUGAUGUAAAAGGACCCGGCUUCGACACACCCUCGUUCGGUGGAGGAAUUAAAGGUGGAAUCAAAGGACCAGACAUUGAUGUGCCGUCUCUUAGUGGUGGAAUUGGCGGUGAUGUAAAAGGACCAGAAUUCGACGGUGGAGAUAUCAGCGUUCCUGAAGCGGAAAUUGAUGGAAGUCUGUCAAAAAAUCAAAAAAGUCGUGGUAGCUUUAAGUUAGGAUUUAAGAUGCCUCAUCUUCGUGGUUCUGGGAAAAAGAAAUCUAAAAAGCUUGAUGGCCCUGACAGUGAUGUUCAUUUGUCUUGUGAUCCGUCUUUACCAAAUGUAGAUGUUGAUGGAGAUAAGCCAAAUAUCGGUGUUUCUGGUGAAACUGAUCUGAAAGUGUCAGAUAGUGUUGGGGGAAUUGGUCUAGGAUUUGGAAGGACAACUUCCCAUUCUUCUGAUGAUGGCGAUGACGAUAAAAAGAAAAAGAAGAAGAAGAAAGACAAAAGCAAAGGAGGUUUUGGAUUUAAAAUGCCCCAUGUACACAUGCCAAAUUUUGGAAGUGGUAAAGGAAAAAUUGAUGGUCCUGAUGCAGAUUUAGAUAGCAAGGGGAAGUUAAACAUCGGAGGUGGUUUAGAUAUUGAAACUCCAGAUGCAAGUGCCGGUUUAAAGGCUCCCGAUGCAGAUGUUAAAGCGGGAGUUGGAGUGUCUUUCCCAGAUGAGGAUUUGAACGUUAAAGGUCCUGAUAUGAAAUUAUCAGAUGCUGGCUUAUCAGGGGAUGCUGACCUAGAACAACCGAAUGUAACUGGGGGUAUCGGCUUGGGAUUUGGAAGGAGAGGGUCCAACUCAUCUGAAGACGAUCAUCACGAUGACAAGAAGAAGAAGAAAAAGAAAGAUAAAGGCAAAGGUCGAUUUAGCUUUAAAAAGCCUCGUGUGCACUUUCCAAAUUUUGGUGGAAGCGGGAAAGGCAAUGUUCCAGACGUUGAUUUAGAUGCCAAAGGAAAAAUUGAUGUAGCUGGUGGUGCGGAUGUCAAUACUCCAGAUGCAAAGGCUACUAUUGAUGCUCAAGAUGUAAAUGUAAAAGCUGGUGGCGGAAUGUCUUUGCCAGAUGCCGACCUUAGCGUCAAGGCAGAUGUGACAGUACCAAAUGCUAACCUAUCUCAUGAUGCUGAUCUAAAAGGACCUGAUGUUGGCGGUGGAAUUGGACUUGGAUUUGGAAGAAGAGGAUCCCACUCAUCUAGCGACGAUGACGAUGAGAAAAAGAAGAAGAAAAAGAAGGAUAAGGGAAGAGGUGGCUUCGGUUUUAAUAUGCCAAGCGUUAACCUUCCCAGCUUUGGGGGUGGUGGUAAAGGUAAAAUAGAUGGUCCAGAUGUGGAUUUCGACGGCAAGGGUAAAAUUGAUGUCGGUGGUGGCGUGGAUGUCAAUACUCCGGAUAAAAAGGCCAGUCUUGAUGCUCCAGACAUUGACGUGAAAGCUGGAGGUGGAUUGUCUCUGCCGGAUGCCGACCUUAAUUUAGAGGGAGAUGUGAAAGUACCCGAUGCUGAUCUGAAAGGUCCUGAUGUUGGUGGUGGAAUCGGGCUUGGAUUUGGAAGAAGAGGAUCCCACUCAUCUAACGACGAUGACAAUGAUAAAAAAAAGAAGAAAAAGAAGGAUAAGGGAAAUGGUGGCUUCGGUUUUAAUAUGCCAAGCGUUAACCUUCCCAGCUUUGGGGGUGGUGGUAAAGGUAAAAUGGAUGGUCCAGAUGUGGAUUUCGACGGCAAGGGUAAAAUUGAUGUCGGUGGAGGCGUGGAUGUCAAUCCUCCAGAUGCAAAGGCCAGUCUUGAUGCUCCAGAUAUUAACGUGAAAGCUGGUGGUGGAGUGUCUCUGCCGGAUGCCGACCUUAAAUUAGAGGGAGAUGUGAAAGUACCCGAUGCUGAUCUAAAAGGUCCUGAUGUUGGUGGUGGAAUAGGGCUUGGAUUUGGAAGAAGAGGAUCCCAUUCGACUAGCGACGAUGACGAUGACAAAAAGAAGAAGAAAAAGAAGGAUAAGGGAAAAGGUGGCUUCGGUUUUAAUAUGCCAAGCGUUAACCUUCCCAGCUUUGGGGGUGGUGGUAAAGGUAAAAUGGAUGGUCCAGAUGUGGAUAUCGACGGCAAGGGUGAAAUUGAUGUGGGUGGAGGCGUGGAUGUCAAUACUCCAAAUGCACAGGCCAGUCUUGAUGCUCCAGAUAUUAACGUGAAAGCUGGAGGUGGAGUGUCUCUGCCGGAUGCCGACCUUAACUUAAAGGGAGAUGUGAAAGUGCCCGAUGCUGAUCUGAAAGGUCCUGAUGUUCGUGGUGGAAUUGGGCUUGGAGUUGGAAGAAGAGCAUCCCACUCAUCUAGCGACGAUGAUGAUGGUGACAAAAAGAAGAAAAAGAAAAAGAAGGAUAAAGGAAAAGGUGGUUUUGGCUUUAAAAUGCCACACGUUAAUUUUCCAAGUUUUGGAGGAAGUGGCAAAGGUAAAGUUGAUGGGCCUGAUGUGGAUUUCGACGGAAAAGGAAAAGUCGAUGUAGGUGGUGGCUUCGAUGUAAAAACUCCCGAUGCAAAGGCAAGUAUUGAUGCUCCAGAUGUGAAUGUAAAAGCUGGUGGUGGAAUGUCUUUGCCAGAUGCCGACCUUAACGUCAAGGGAGAUGUGAAAGUACCAGAUGCUGACCUAUCUGGUGAUGCUGAUGUAAAUGGACCUGACGUUGGCGGUGGAAUUGGACUUGGAUUUGGAAGAAGAGGAUCCCACUCAUCUAGCGACGAUGACGAUGACAAAAAGAAGAAGAAAAAGAAGGAUAAGGGAAGAGGUGGCUUCGGUUUUAAUAUGCCAAGCGUUAACCUUCCCAGCUUUGGGGGUGGUGUUAAAGGUAAAAUGGAUGGUCCAGAUGUGGAUUUCGGCGGCAAGGGUAAAAUUGAUGUCGCUGGAGGCGUGGAUGUCAAUACUCCAGAUGCAAAGGCCAGUCUUGAUGCUCCAGAUAUUGACGUGAAAGCUGGAGGUGGAGUGUCUCUGCCGGAUGCCGACCUUAAAUUAGAGGGAGAUGUGACAGUACCCGAUGCUGAUCUAAAAGGUCCUGAUGUAGGUGGUGGAAUCGGGCUUGGAGUUGGAAGAAGAGGAUCCCACUCAUCUAGCGACGAUGACGAUGAUAAAAAGAAGAAGAAGAAGAAGGAUAAGGGAAAAGGUGGCUUCGGUUUUAAUAUGCCAAGCGUCAACCUUCCCAGUUUUGGGGGUGGUGGUAAAGGUAAAAUGGAUGGUCCAGAUGUGGAUUUCGACGGCAAGGGUAAAAUUGAUGUCGGUGGAGGCGUGGAUGUCAAUACUCCAGAUGCACAGGCCAGUCUUGAUGCUCCAGAUAUUGACGUGAAAGCUGGAGGUGGAGUGUCUGUGCCGGAUGCCGACCUUAACUUAAAGGGAGAUGUGAAAGUGCCCGAUGCUGAUCUGAAAGGUCCUGAUGUUCAUGGUGGAAUUGGGCUUGGAGUUGGAAGAAGAGGAUCCCACUCAUCUAGUGACGAUGACGAUGAUAAAAAGAAGAAGAAGAAGAAGAAGGAUAAGGGAAAAGGUGGCUUCGGUUUUAAUAUGCCAAGCGUCAACCUUCCCAGCUUUGGGGGUGGUGGUAAAGGUAAAAUGGAUGGUCCAGAUGUGGAUUUCGACGGCAAGGGUAAAAUUGGUGUCGGUGGAGGCGUGGAUGUCAAUACUCCAGAUGCACAGGCCAGUCUUGAUGCUCCAGAUAUUGACGUGAAAGCUGGAGGUGGAGUGUCUGUGCCGGAUGCUGACCUUAACUUAAAGGGAGAUGUGAAAGUGCCCGAUGCUGAUCUGAAAGGUCCUGAUGUUCAUGGUGGAAUUGGGCUUGGAGUUGGAAGAAGAGGAUCCCACUCAUCUAGCGACGAAGAUGAUGGUGACAAAAAGAAGAAAAAGAAAAAGAAGGAUAAAGGAAAAGGUGGUUUUGGCUUUAAAAUGCCACACGUUAAUUUUCCAAGUUUUGGAGGAAGUGGCAAAGGUAAAGUUGAUGGGCCUGAUGUGGAUUUCGACGGAAAAAGAAAAGUCGAUGUAGGUGGUGGCUUCGAUGUAAAAACUCCCGAUGCAAAGGCAAGUAUUGAUGCUCCAGAUGUGAAUGUAAAAGCUGGUGGUGGAAUGUCUUUGCCAGAUGCCGACCUUAACGUCAAGGGAGAUGUGAAAGUACCAGAUGCUGACCUAUCUGGUGAUGCUGAUGUAAAUGGACCUGACGUUGGCGGUGGAAUUGGACUUGGAUUUGGAAGAAGAGGAUCCCACUCAUCUAGCGACGAUGACGAUGACAAAAAGAAGAAGAAAAAGAAGGAUAAGGGAAGAGGUGGCUUCGGUUUUAAUAUGCCAAGCGUUAACCUUCCCAGCUUUGGGGGUGGUGUUAAAGGUAAAAUGGAUGGUCCAGAUGUGGAUUUCGGCGGCAAGGGUAAAAUUGAUGUCGCUGGAGGCGUGGAUGUCAAUACUCCAGAUGCAAAGGCCAGUCUUGAUUCUCCAGAUAUUGACGUGAAAGCUGGAGGUGGAGUGUCUCUGCCGGAUGCCGACCUUAAAUUAGAGGGAGAUGUGAAAGUACCCGAUGCUGAUCUAAAAGGUCCUGAUGUAGGUGGUGGAAUCGGGCUUGGAGUUGGAAGAAGAGGAUCCCACUCAUCUAGCGACGAUGACGAUGAUAAAAAGAAGAAGAAGAAGAAGGAUAAGGGAAAAGGUGGCUUCGGUUUUAAUAUGCCAAGCGUCAACCUUCCCAGUUUUGGGGGUGGUGGUAAAGGUAAAAUGGAUGGUCCAGAUGUGGAUUUCGACGGCAAGGGUAAAAUUGAUGUCGGUGGAGGCGUGGAUGUCAAUACUCCAGAUGCACAGGCCAGUCUUGAUGCUCCAGAUAUUGACGUGAAAGCUGGAGGUGGAGUGUCUGUGCCGGAUGCCGACCUUAACUUAAAGGGAGAUGUGAAAGUGCCCGAUGCUGAUCUGAAAGGUCCUGAUGUUCAUGGUGGAAUUGGGCUUGGAGUUGGAAGAAGAGGAUCCCACUCAUCUAGUGACGAUGACGAUGAUAAAAAGAAGAAGAAAAAGAAGAAGGAUAAGGGAAAAGGUGGCUUCGGUUUUAAUAUGCCAAGCGUCAACCUUCCCAGCUUUGGGGGUGGUGGUAAAGGUAAAAUGGAUGGUCCAGAUGUGGAUUUCGACGGCAAGGGUAAAAUUGGUGUCGGUGGAGGCGUGGAUGUCAAUACUCCAGAUGCACAGGCCAGUCUUGAUGCUCCAGAUAUUGACGUGAAAGCUGGAGGUGGAGUGUCUGUGCCGGAUGCUGACCUUAACUUAAAGGGAGAUGUGAAAGUGCCCGAUGCUGAUCUGAAAGGUCCUGAUGUUCAUGGUGGAAUUGGGCUUGGAGUUGGAAGAAGAGGAUCCCACUCAUCUAGCGACGAAGAUGAUGGUGACAAAAAGAAGAAAAAGAAAAAGAAGGAUAAAGGAAAAGGUGGUUUUGGCUUUAAAAUGCCACACGUUAAUUUUCCAAGUUUUGGAGGAAGUGGCAAAGGUAAAGUUGAUGGGCCUGAUGUGGAUUUCGACGGAAAAAGAAAAGUCGAUGUAGGUGGUGGCUUCGAUGUAAAAACUCCCGAUGCAAAGGCCAGUAUUGAUGCUCCAGAUGUGAAUGUAAAAGCUGGUGGUGGAAUGUCUUUGCCAGAUGCCGACCUUAACGUCAAGGGAGAUGUGAAAGUACCAGAUGCUGACCUAUCUGGUGAUGCUGAUGUAAAUGGACCUGACGUUGGCGGUGGAAUUGGACUUGGAUUUGGAAGAAGAGGAUCCCACUCAUCUAGCGACGAUGACGAUGACAAAAAGAAGAAGAAAAAGAAGGAUAAGGGAAGAGGUGGCUUCGGUUUUAAUAUGCCAAGCGUUAACCUUCCCAGCUUUGGGGGUGGUGGUAAAGGUAAAAUGGAUGGUCCAGAUGUGGAUUUCGGCGGCAAGGGUAAAAUUGAUGUCGGUGGAGGCGUGGAUGUCAAUACUCCAGAUGCAAAGGCCAGUCUUGAUGCUCCAGAUAUUGACGUGAAAGCUGUAGGUGGAGUGUCUCUGCCGGAUGCCGACCUUAAAUUAGAGGGAGAUGUGAAAGUACCCGAUGCUGAUCUGAAAGGUCCUGAUGUAGGUGGUGGAAUCGGGCUUGGAGUUGGAAGAAGAGGAUCCCACUCAUCUAGCGACGAUGACGAUGAUAAAAAGAAGAAGAAGAAGAAGGAUAAGGGAAAAGGUGGCUUCGGUUUUAAUAUGCCAAGCGUCAACCUUCCCAGCUUUGGGGGUGGUGGUAAAGGUAAAAUGGAUGGUCCAGAUGUGGAUUUCGACGGCAAGGGUAAAAUUGAUGUCGGUGGAGGCGUGGAUGUCAAUACUCCAGAUGCACAGGCCAGUCUUGAUGCUCCAGAUUUUGACGUGAAAGCUGGAGGUGGAGUGUCUCUGCCGGAUGCCGACCUUAACUUAAAGGGAGAUGUGAAAGUGCCCGAUGCUGAUCUGAAAGGUCCUGAUGUUCGUGGUGGAAUUGGGCUUGGAGUUGGAAGAAGAGGAUCCCACUCAUCUAGUGACGAUGACGAUGAUAAAAAGAAGAAGAAGAAGAAGAAGGAUAAGGGAAAAGGUGGCUUCGGUUUUAAUAUGCCAAGCGUCAACCUUCCCAGCUUUGGGGGUGGUGGUAAAGGUAAAAUGGAUGGUCCAGAUGUGGAUUUCGACGGCAAGGGUAAAAUUGGUGUCGGUGGAGGCGUGGAUGUCAAUACUCCAGAUGCACAGGCCAGUCUUGAUGCUCCAGAUAUUGACGUGAAAGCUGGAGGUGGAGUGUCUGUGCCGGAUGCUGACCUUAACUUAAAGGGAGAUGUGAAAGUGCCCGAUGCUGAUCUGAAAGGUCCUGAUGUUCAUGGUGGAAUUGGGCUUGGAGUUGGAAGAAGAGGAUCCCACUCAUCUAGCGACGAAGAUGAUGGUGACAAAAAGAAGAAAAAGAAAAAGAAGGAUAAAGGAAAAGGUGGUUUUGGCUUUAAAAUGCCACACGUUAAUUUUCCAAGUUUUGGAGGAAGUGGCAAAGGUAAAGUUGAUGGGCCUGAUGUGGAUUUCGACGGAAAAAGAAAAGUCGAUGUAGGUGGUGGCUUCGAUGUAAAAACUCCCGAUGCAAAGGCCAGUAUUGAUGCUCCAGAUGUGAAUGUAAAAGCUGGUGGUGGAAUGUCUUUGCCAGAUGCCGACCUUAACGUCAAGGGAGAUGUGAAAGUACCAGAUGCUGACCUAUCUGGUGAUGCUGAUGUAAAUGGACCUGACGUUGGCGGUGGAAUUGGACUUGGAUUUGGAAGAAGAGGAUCCCACUCAUCUACCGACGAUGACGAUGACAAAAAGAAGAAGAAAAAGAAGGAUAAGGGAAGAGGUGGCUUCGGUUUUAAUAUGCCAAGCGUUAACCUUCCCAGCUUUGGGGGUGGUGGUAAAGGUAAAAUGGAUGGUCCAGAUGUGGAUUUCGGCGGCAAGGGUAAAAUUGAUGUCGGUGGAGGCGUGGAUGUCAAUACUCCAGAUGCAAAGGCCAGUCUUGAUGCUCCAGAUAUUGACGUGAAAGCUGUAGGUGGAGUGUCUCUGCCGGAUGCCGACCUUAAAUUAGAGGGAGAUGUGAAAGUACCCGAUGCUGAUCUGAAAGGUCCUGAUGUAGGUGGUGGAAUCGGGCUUGGAGUUGGAAGAAGAGGAUCCCACUCAUCUAGCGACGAUGACGAUGAUAAAAAGAAGAAGAAGAAGAAGGAUAAGGGAAAAGGUGGCUUCGGUUUUAAUAUGCCAAGCGUCAACCUUCCCAGCUUUGGGGGUGGUGGUAAAGGUAAAAUGGAUGGUCCAGAUGUGGAUUUCGACGGCAAGGGUAAAAUUGAUGUCGGUGGAGGCGUGGAUGUCAAUACUCCAGAUGCACAGGCCAGUCUUGAUGCUCCAGAUUUUGACGUGAAAGCUGGAGGUGGAGUGUCUCUGCCGGAUGCCGACCUUAACUUAAAGGGAGAUGUGAAAGUGCCCGAUGCUGAUCUGAAAGGUCCUGAUGUUCGUGGUGGAAUUGGGCUUGGAGUUGGAAGAAGAGGAUCCCACUCAUCUAGCGACGAUGAUGAUGGUGACAAAAAAAAGAAAAAGAAAAAGAAGGAUAAAGGAAAAGGUGGUUUUGGCUUUAAAAUGCCACACGUUAAUUUUCCAAGUUUUGGAGGAAGUGGCAAAGGUAAAGUUGAUGGGCCUGAUGUGGAUUUCGACGGAAAAGGAAAAGUCGAUGUAGGUGGUGGCGUCGAUGUAAAAACUCCCGAUGCAAAGGCAAGUAUUGAUGCUCCAGAUGUGAAUGUAAAAGCUGGUGGUGGAAUGUCUUUGCCAGAUGCCGACCUUAACGUCAAGGGAGAUGUGAAAGUACCAGAUGCUGACCUAUCUGGUGAUGCUGAUGUAAAUGGACCUGACGUUGGCGGUGGAAUUGGACUUGGAUUUGGAAGAAGAGGAUCCCACUCAUCUAGCGACGAUGACGAUGACAAAAAGAAGAAGAAAAAGAAGGAUAAGGGAAGAGGUGGCUUCGGUUUUAAUAUGCCAAGCGUUAACCUUCCCAGCUUUGGGGGUGGUGGUAAAGGUAAAAUGGAUGGUCCAGAUGUGGAUUUCGGCGGCAAGGGUAAAAUUGAUGUCGGUGGAGGCGUGGAUGUCAAUACUCCAGAUGCAAAGGCCAGUCUUGAUGCUCCAGAUAUUGACGUGAAAGCUGGAGGUGGAGUGUCUCUGCCGGAUGCCGACCUUAAAUUAGAGGGAGAUGUGAAAGUACCCGAUGCUGAUCUAAAAGGUCCUGAUGUAGGUGGUGGAAUCGGGCUUGGAGUUGGAAGAAGAGGAUCCCACUCAUCUAGCGACGAUGACGAUGAUAAAAAGAAGAAGAAGAAGAAGGAUAAGGGAAAAGGUGGCUUCGGUUUUAAUAUGCCAAGCGUCAACCUUCCCAGCUUUGGGGGUGGUGGUAAAGGUAAAAUGGAUGGUCCAGAUGUGGAUUUCGACGGCAAGGGUAAAAUUGAUGUCGGUGGAGGCGUGGAUGUCAAUACUCCAGAUGCACAGGCCAGUCUUGAUGCUCCAGAUAUUGACGUGAAAGCUGGAGGUGGAGUGUCUCUGCCGGAUGCCGACCUUAACUUAAAGGGAGAUGUGAAAGUGCCUGAUGCUGAUCUGAAAGGUCCUGAUGUUCGUGGUGGAAUUGGGCUUGGAGUUGGAAGAAGAGGAUCCCACUCAUCUAGCGACGAUGAUGAUGGUGACAAAAAGAAGAAAAAGAAAAAGAAGGAUAAAGGAAAAGGUGGUUUCGGCUUUAAAAUGCCACACGUUAAUUUUCCAAGUUUUGGAGGAAGUGGCAAAGGUAAAGUUGAUGGGCCUGAUGUGGAUUUCGACGGAAAAGGAAAAGUCGAUGUAGGUGGUGGCGUCGAUGUAAAAACUCCCGAUGCAAAGGCAAGUAUUGAUGCUCCAGAUGUGAAUGUAAAAGCUGGUGGUGGAAUGUCUUUGCCAGAUGCCGACCUUAACGUCAAGGGAGAUGUGAAAGUACCAGAUGCUGACCUAUCUGGUGAUGCUGAUGUAAAUGGACCUGACGUUGGCGGUGGAAUUGGACUUGGAUUUGGAAGAAGGGGAUCCCACUCAUCUAGCGACAAUGACGAUGACAAAAAGAAGAAGAAAAAGAAGGAUAAGGGAAAAGGUGGCUUCGGUUUUAAUAUGCCAAGCGUUAACCUUCCCAGCUUUGGGGGUGGUGGUAAAGGUAAAAUGGAUGGUCCAGAUGUGGAUUUCGACGGCAAGGGUAAAAUUGAUGUCGGUGGAGGCGUGGAUGUCAAUACUCCAGAUGCACAGGCCAGUCUUAAUGCUCCAGAUAUUGACGUGAAAGCUGGAGGUGGAGUGUCUCUGCCGGAUGCCGACCUUAGCUUAAAGGGAGAUGUGAAAGGUCCUGAUGUUGGUGGUGACGGUUACGUUGAUUUACCGUCAGGAGACAUUUCCGUACGAAAGGCUGAUGGAAAAAUUGAUAGCGACGUUAACAUAAAAGGUGAUCUCAAAGGAAGACAUAAAAAACGUCGAGGUUCGCAAUCAUCUUCAUCUUCGAGUGAUGAUGACGAUAACAAAAUGAAGAAGAAGAAAAAAGACAAAAAGGGUUCUGGUUUCAGAUUUCCUAGUUUUAGUUUCGGCGGAAAAGGACCAUCAGCACACGGGGGAGUCAAGGGGCCCUUAGUGAGUGGAGAUGUUGAUAUUCCUAAGACCGAUGCUUCCUCUGGAGUCAAAGGAGACGCUGAUUUAUCUGUUGGAGGUGGAGGUGAUGUUGAUUUACCAUCAGGAGACAUUUCCUUACCAAAGGCUGAUGGAAAAAUUGAUAGCGACGUUAACAUAAAAGGUGAUCUCAAAGGAAAACAUAAAAAACGUCGAGAUUCGCAAUCAUCUUCAUCUUCGAGUGAUGAUGACGAUGACAAAAAAAAGAAGAAGAAAAAAGACAAAAAGGGUUCUGGUUUCAAUUUUCCCACUAUUGGAGCACACGGUGAUGUCAAGGGACCUUCAGUGACCGGAGAUGUUGAUAUUCCUAAGGCUAAUGUGUCAGCUGGAGGCAAGGGUGACACUGAUUUAUCCGCAGGUGGUGCCGGGGAUAUUCACUUACCAUCAGGCAGCGCUUCGUCUCCAGAUGCUGAUGGAAGAAUUGAAGGUGAUGUUAACAUUAAAGGCGCUCUCAAAGGAUCCAAACCUGAGAUUGAUCUUGACCAUAAAAAGCGUCGAGAUUCACAUUCAUCUUCAUCUUCCAGUGAUGACAACGAUGACAAGAAAAAGAAGAAGAAGAAAGAUAAGAAAGGGAACAAAGGUUUUAGUUUUAAUUUUAAAUUUCCUUUUGGUGGUGGAGCUAAAACUGCCAGAAAUGAACCUGUGGAUGCUUCUGCAAAGGGAAAUUCUAAGUUCUAUACUCCUGAUGUUAACGUUGACAGUCCUUCCGGAGACAUUCAAGCGCCAACUGCGAAAAUAGAAGGCGACACAUCUGUUACAGCUUCCCUUGAUGCUCCUUCCAACGUUAAUAUUGAUUCUAAAUCACCAAGUGUGGACGCGGAAAUCAAAACAGAUACUCCCAAAGGUGAGCUUAAUGGCAGCGGAGGUGCUGAUGUGGAAUUAGCAGAAGUGGGUGUGCAGCGUUCUGGGUCUUUUUUCGAUAGAUUUGGGGGUCUUUUCAAGAAGCCGAAACAUUCUUCUGAGUCAGAAGACAAGAGAGGUAAAAAAAGGAAACGAACAAAAAACCAGGCCGAUUUAAAGUUAGAAUCUGAUGUCGAUGUUUCAGCUGGCCCUGAGUUGAAAACUCCUGCAACGCGGACGUCUGCUGUUGGAUCUGAGAACGAUUUUGUUAUUUUAGAUACUCCAACGUCACCCAAAAAGGCGGUGGAAAUAAAUGCUGGCGCAGAAGGUGAUGUAAAUGUCGCCAUUCCCGAAGGUGACGGCACUGUGCCUCAAUCGCCAAAGUCACCGUCAUUGCUUCGACGGAUCGGAAUGUUUUUUCAUAUUCAUUCUAAUGAGUACGACGUAGAGGGGAAAAAGAAGAAGAAAAGGAGAAAAAUAUCAUUCAAUGGAAAAAAAGAUAAAACUCAAAUCGAGGCUGAUACUUUAAAUGAUUCCCAAGUAUCUGUUAAAAAAGACGACGAUAAUUUCACGAUACCGGAAGCCAAUAUUAACCUUCCGAGCGUCGAAAAACAUGUCGAAAUUGACACCAACUUAAAUGUCGCUGCCGACAAGAAUCAAGACGUUACUCUGCCGUCCGUUGGUACUAGUGGUUUCGGCGCAGGUCUGCAAUCAGAUGUAUCUGUACUUAAAUCGACCGAUGUAGCUGUUGAUAGUUCAAUUGCAGAUACUGGAAUCUCGGAUGAUGCUGAAGCCUCUGCCAAAGCUAGUUCUGAAGCCUCUGUCAAAGCUAGUGCUGAAGCCUCUGCCAAACUCAGUGCGGAAGGCAGUGCAAACCUAUCAGGGGAAGCAAGUAGUGAUCUUGGAGGUUUUAAGGCUAAUGUUGGCGGAAAAGCAUUCGAGGUUAAAAUGUCAUUCUAACUUAUUGCAACAGUUUGCAUAGAUGAUGAACGAACAGACUGCGUUCAUGCAAAUCUCGAAUCACCUGUGGAUAAUCUUAAGACAGUGUGUCCAUUCGAGAAAUUAAGUUGCCAGUGCCAAAUAUUCCGCCUUGAGAAGUAUUUUACAGAACAAGAAAACAUUUUACAGAAAAUGUACAAAAACAAUUUGCUUUAGCUUUUAAUUGUAACUAUGACGACACAAAAUUUUGAUGCUUAUCUUUUGUUUAUAUACUACUUGUACACUUUGCUGCUUUCCUAGCCCAAGUUGGGUUAGCUAUUUAAAUGAAUCAUAGUACUGCCUGUACGCAUUUUCUGUUGCUAGCUCAAGUUGGAAUAGCUAUUUAAACAAAUCACAGGUGUGCUUAUCUUUCUACGACAGUCUUGAACCUCAAGAAGAGAGAAACCUCGUUUUGUUGUAUAUUCUAGACCCGAAAACUUUUAGGUGCGCUAAUAUUAUAUGGUCUCGUCAAGGAAUAUCCAAGAAAACGAGGUUUUUACUGUAUUCGUGAAAUAAUAAACAUCUUUUUCUCUUGAUAUUUAUUAGUUAAUGGCGAACAUAUUAGAAUAUUACCAGAAAGUGGUAGAAUUUUCCACUAGGAUAUCCUAGCAAUUGAAGAAUCUAAAUUUUGUAAUUGUUUAUAUUUUCUUUGCGUAUGGUUUGAUAUUGUGAUUUUUUGUUGUUUGUUUGUUUGUUUGUUUGUUUAACAAGUUUUGUCAUUUUAUCGUUGUAAAUUUUAUCGUAAUUUGUAGUUAGUUCUUUAAAUUUUGUACCAAAAAUAUUUACCAUGUGA